AAAUUCGCGAAUGUCAUUAAUCAACUAGUGUCUCAGUUUGAUGCCUUCAUUCGAGAUCAAGGUCAGCUUGUUGCAGUGAUUGGUACUCAGAUAUGAUAUGGCUAGUCCUCGUCGGGAAUGGCAGCUGGCAACAGAAGAUGGGGGACCUCAAAUCUUUGUCCAUUUUUUGUCAGAGUUCAACGAUGAACGCAGUUUCAGGGAAACGGCAAUGUAAUCAGCAUCCCCUCAGACUGCAAGGAGCUGGUUAUACAGAGCUCCUUACGAAUUGUUGGCCUGUUGUAUGCAAGGCCUGCGGUGCCUAGGCAGGCAGGCAGUUGCGAGGGCCGAAUACAGAAUAUAGUGAUCGAAUCCAUUAAAUGGGGACCUCCUCGGCUCUGACAGUCGCACUGAUGACAUGAGACACAUGGAGCGAGACAAACGAGCGCAUGGUUCUGAGUGAGUCACGUCAUUUCCGACGAUACUCCAUGAGUCCAUCAUCAUCAUGGGGCCCGGGCGAUGGCAAGAGCUACUUCCUAUAAAUCCUCAUCGAGACUGGCCCCCAUGUCCAUCGUCCGAUGCAACCUCGUGCUGUAGCGGCGGCUCCCACUGUGCCCCUGCACUCUCUCUCUGAAUCCCUGGCCGCUGUACUCUGUAGAAGUCUCCGGACUGUUUAGCUGCAUCCAUUGGCCCUGCUGAAAGCAUUAAUUGUCAGCUAUUGUCUUUGCUUGACAGUAACUCCGGCUAAAUUCAGAUAUUAGUGACGGCGAUAGAAAAGAAUGCAGCAUCAAUUAUUGGUGGUUUAACAGUUCAGCGUGCUAUGCGGUAGGUCUUUGGCUACGGAGAGAGUAAAUUAAAAUUCGGCCACAGUUAAAAGAAUUUUGGUUGCCUUGCAGAGGUGGGGGCAUUCGCUGGGUGGUGGUAUAUAGGAGCCUUGCAGAACAGCUCUCUGUUUAGUCUGUGCAGCAGUCAACGAAUAAGGUGGUGCACUUCGUCGACGCUCAUCUCUCGUUUGUGCUGAACGAUGUCCAAUCUGCAGCGAGAAUAGGAAAGUAUCAUUGCCACUGUGCAUCAGACGCUGAGUUCAGCUGCCACAUUUGAACACAGCCGGCCGACGGGAAAGAUGUCGACGACAUGGAUGUGCGUGUUGCUGGCGGCGAUUUUGCUCCAAAGUUGCUCGGCUCAGGCCAGCACCUCGAACGCUGCCUGUACCUCUAAGAAAGACAAGUGUGCCUGCAAUUCGUGCCAUCCCGGGCCUGGAAUCGCUUUCGGAGAAGAGGCUAGCAAUAUCAGAUCACCAGCGGAAGUGGUGGGAUUCUUAGAGGAGCAGAAGAUCAAGUCGGUGAGAUUGUACCACACCUUCAAGGAUACAAUUAAAGCUUUCAAGGACUCGGACAUAGAGCUCACCAUCAGCAUCUCCAAUGCGGACAUCAAGGGCUCGGGUAUGGCCUGGAACUACGACGCAGCCGAGAAGUGGGUCAAGGACAAUGUGCUGCCGUACUCGAAGGAUGUACAUAUCAAGGCCAUCGCAGUCGGGAAUGAGGUGACAUCGGUAAAUGAUUGGGACCUCGUGUCGCAAACGGAGCCAGCCAUGCGCAACAUUCACGAAGCUCUGAAACGCGCCAACCUCAAAGACAUCAAGGUCUCGACGCCGUUUGGCAUGGACAUUCUCGAGGUGACUUGGCCGCCAUCGGCUGGAGCAUUUCGCGUUGAGUACGCCUGGAACAUCGUCAAGCCAGUCCUUGCCUUCCUGAACGAGACCAAUUCGCCUUUCAUGAUCAACAUCUAUCCCUAUGUCUCGUACAAGAACGACCCUAAGGACGUGAAUCUGGAUGCGGCUCUGCUGAACAGAUGGUGCCCCAUCUCCGUCGACUUCAAAACUGGUCACGUUUACAAAAACCUGCUGUUCCAGCUCUUGGAUGCGACUGUUGCUGCGAUGGGCAAAAUGGGAUUUCCCGAUGUCAGCUUACUGGUGUCCGAGACCGGCUGGCCAAGCGCAGGACAUGCCAUGGCCACUCCGGAGCACGCAGCCAUGUACAACCAGAACCUUGUGAACCUGGUGGUCAAAGGAGUGGGCACGCCUUUGCGCCCGUCCUCGCCGAUCAACGCCUUUAUCUACUCGCUUUUCAACGAGAACAUGAGGAGAGGAGAAGAUGAAUUGCGAAACUAUGGCCUCUUCAAUGCUAACUUUAGCCCCGUCUACGACAUCAACUGGGAAGGUGAGGAUGUUAACUGCGUGGCCAACAAAGUGGAUAUUGACUCGCAGCUUUCAUCCUCCAGCUGAUCUCUUUCGUCAGGCUGUCCUCGACCUCGUCUAUGUGCGAGAAAGUUCAAUAAUCAUAUCUUUGCUUCUAUAUGCCCCAUAUACAAUCCCAUGGCCGAAGCACAGCACAGGAUAUAAUCUCGGUACCUUGUUAGGGAAGAGAGUCGUGAGAUGAGACGUAGUGGGUAGUAUCUUUGAUAUGUAGAUGCACAGACACUUGUGAAGUAAGUUUCACUCGUUGUAUUUCCAAAUAUGCCACUUUUAUGUACAGUCUGAACUUUUUAACAUCUACUCGUAGUACAUAUUAUCAUAACCUUUCAAUCUG